UGUGCCCCACCUCUUCCACACGCACUCUUUGGGGUACACGCGAGCAGUGACGAGCACACACCCCAUCGGACCCGAGAGAGGAGAGGAGAGGAGACGAAAGGAGUGAGCUCUAACUUCUCUCUCUUUACUUCAACUUGUGUCUUUCUGAUUCUUCGUGUCCCCCAAUGCGCGGAUUUUAUCGCUGUUACGUUGUCACCUGUCCUGCCCAGAACUGAGGAAGACCACUUUAAGGACCAGACUGGAGUAUGUAAAAUAAUCUGUGACCACACCACUGAGCAAAAGAAAAAGAAGGGAAAACAGAAGAAGGGAAAAUGGAUGAACGGAGUUAUUCUCGCGCUUUACUGGCAGCUUUCUUCUACUUGGUACUUUUGGGAUUUACGGAAGGACAAUUCUUCCCAGGUGGCUGUACAUUUGAAGAGUCAUAUAGCAGCUGUGGUUACAGUGUGUCUCUAGGAACCAAUGGAUUUACCUGGGAACAAGUCAACUCUUGGGAAAAACCCACCAUUGAUCCCGCCCUUCCAACAGGCUCGUUCAUGGUGGUGAAUGCAUCAGGCCGUGCAUCAGGGCAGAAGGCUCACCUGUACAUGCCCACACUCAAGGAGAACGACACCCACUGCAUUGACUUCCUUUACUCUCUGUCCAGCCGGGACGGAGCAAGCCCAGGCACGCUCAACGUCUACAUCAAGGUGAACGGAGGCGUUCAGGGCAACCCAGUAUGGAACGCCUCUGAUACUGUCACUGAAGGCUGGGUGAAGGCUGAACUGGCCAUUUCGACAUUCUGGCCCAACUCUUACCAGGUCAUUUUUGAAGCAGUUUCAGUCCAAGGCCAUCCAGGUUUCAUCGCCAUCGAUGACAUACGAGUUCUGGCUCACCCUUGCCGUAAAGCGCCUCACUUCCUGCGCCUGCAGAAUGUGGAGGUGAACGUGGGUCAGAAUGCAACGUUUCAGUGCACCGCUGGAGGAAAAUGGUCUCAGCAUGAUAAACUGUGGUUGCAGCAGUGGAAUGGCAAAGACACGGCGCUGAUGGUGACCAGAGUAGUGAACCACCGACGUUUCUCAGCAACUGUCAGCGUUGGCGAUACAUCACAGCGCAGCACCAGUCGCUAUCGUUGCGUCAUCCGAUCAGAUGGUGGAUCAGGAGUGUCCAACUACGCUGACCUGAUUGUUAAAGCUCCGCCCACUCCCAUUGCACCACCUGAGCUUCUUGCUGUUGGUGCCACCUACCUGUGGAUCAAACCCAAUGCUAACAGCAUUAUAGGCGAUGGGCCUAUAAUUCUGAAGGAAGUGCGGUACCGAACCACCACAGGGAACUGGAUGGAGACCCACGUGGUCGACUCCCCCACCUAUAAACUGUGGCAUCUUGACCCAGAUGUGGAGUAUGAGAUCAAAGUCCUGUUGUCCAGACCUGGGGAGGGAGGAACAGGACCACCAGGGCCACCACUGGUCACCAGGACCAAAUGUGCAGAUCCAGUCCAUGGCCCCCAAAAUGUCAAUGUGGUGGAUGUGAGAGCUCGCCAGCUGACUAUACAGUGGGAAACCUUUGGGUAUGCCGUGACACGCUGCCACAGCUACAAUCUGACGGUACAAUACCAGUAUGUGUUCAACCAGCAAGAGUUUGUGGCUGAAGAGCUGAUCCAGACAUCAUCACAUUAUACUCUGAGGGGACUGAGGCCCUUUGUCACGGUCAGGCUGCGACUCGUUCUGGCCAAUCCUGAGGGCAGCAAGGAGAGUGAGGAGAUAGUCAAACAGACAGAGGAGGACGUGCCUGGCUCGGUGCCGAUGGAAUCCCUGCAGAAUACUCCGUAUGAGGAGAAGAUCUUUAUGCAGUGGAAAGCUCCAAACGAGACCAACGGGGUCAUCACUCUGUACGAGAUUACCUACAAGGCCCUGAGCUCACUGGACCCCAGUGCUGACCUGACAACCCAGAGGGGACGAGUGUUCAAACUGAGAAACGAGACUCAUCAUCUGUUUGUAGGCCUCUACCCAGGAACCACCUACUUCUUCACCCUAAAGGCCUCCACAAACAAGGGCUUCGGACCACCCGUCACCACCCGAAUAAGCACCAAAAUAGCAGCCCCCAUGAUGCCGGAGUACGAGUCCGAAACGCCACUCAAUGAGACAGAGACCACCAUCACUAUCCUGCUAAAGCCUGCCCAAUCUCGUGGAGCACCUAUCAGCUCUUACCAGCUUGUUGUAAAGGAGGAGCGCAAAUCUAAAACUCGUCGCGCCGCCUCAGAAGCACCUGAGUGUUUUUCUGCCCCCGUCAGCUUCCGCAAUGCCUCCAUCUUGGAUUCGCCGUACUACAUCGCUGCUGAGCUGCCACCGUCCAGUCUCACGGUGGUACAGCCGUUCACGUUAGGGGACAACAAGAGCUACGGUGGUUUCUGGAACCCGCCGUUGUCACCUGCGAAGAGCUACAGCAUCUACUACCAGGCCAUAAGCAGAGCCAAUGGGGAAACCAAAAUCAACUGCGUCCGUCUGGCUCACAAAGUGGUAAUAGGUAGGGGACAAAUAACAACGCCGUACAUACUAGUCAUCCCAAGCGAAGGUGCAUCCACUCAGGACUCUGAUGCCAUGGAGCCCGAGAAGCAGGUGGACAGCACGGUGAAAAUGGCUGGAGUGAUUGCAGGAAUUCUCAUGUUCAUCAUCAUCCUCCUCGGAGUUGUCCUCACCUUCAAGCGCAGAGAGAUUCACACAUGGAGAACUCUGAGCGUGGGGAAGUUGGCAAAAAAGCAGAAAGAAACUGCCAGUAGCUCAACUCAGCAGAGGGAGAUGGGUCCCGUCACCACAGCUGAUAAGAGCACCACCAAAGUCAGCACCCUGCACAAGGAUGACCCCUUCUCCACCUCCAAUCAGGACCUCAAUGGCUUUACCUCUCCUUCCCCCUGCUCCUUCUCCAUGCAGGGAAGCAAGACUCUGCAGAGCAAAUCCCUGCUAAAUUCCUACUAUUCAGUUUCCAAAGAGCCGGUUCCAGCCACAACAUCUAUAGAUAGUAGCCAGCCUUCGCUUGCCCAGCCCUCCUUGACCCUGCAGAGUUUUCCCUAUGGAGGCUGCGAGUCUGUGGAGCUCUCCUACCAGAGUGGUCAGUUCCAGGCAGGCCAGUUUCAGCCAGCUAUCCGAGUUGCGGACCUCCUGCAACACAUCACACAGAUGAAAUGUGGACAGGGCUAUGGCUUUAAGGAAGAAUAUGAGGCCCUAGCAGAAGGACAGACGGCACCAUGGGAAACGGCCAAGAAGGACGAGAACCGCAACAAGAAUCGAUAUGGCAACAUCAUCGCAUAUCCCACAGACGAUCACACCAGAGUCCGACUGCAGCUGCUGGAUGGAGACCCCCACUCUGACUACAUCAAUGCUAAUUAUAUUGACGGGUACCACAGACCCAGACAUUACAUCGCCACACAAGGGCCCAUGCAAGAGACAGUUAGGGAUUUCUGGAGAAUGGUUUGGCAGGAGAACUCAGGCUCUAUCGUCAUGGUUACAAAUCUGGUAGAAGUCGGAAGGGUGAAGUGUGUUCGUUACUGGCCCGAUGAGACGGAGGUGUACGGAGACAUCAAGGUGACCCUGAUAGAGACCGAACCACUGGCAGAGUAUGUCAUCCGGACAUUCACUGUCCAAAAGAAGGGCCAUCAUGAGAUCCGCGAGCUCCGCCAGUUCCACUUCACCAGCUGGCCCGACCACGGUGUUCCCUGUUACGCCACCGGACUGCUGGGCUUCAUACGACAGGUCAAGUUCCUGAACCCACCAGAUGCUGGACCCAUUGUGGCUCACUGCAGUGCUGGUGCAGGGAGGACAGGCUGCUUCAUUGCUGUGGAUAUAAUGCUAGACAUGGCAGAGAAUGAAGGAGUGGUGGACAUUUUCAACUGCAUCCGAGAGCUGAGGUCACAGCGAGUCAACAUGGUUCAGACAGAGGAGCAGUAUGUCUUUGUUCAUGAUGCCAUAUUGGAGGCGUGUCUAUGUGGGAACACAGCCAUACCAGUAUGUGAGUUCAGAGCUAUUUACUACAACAUCAGCCGGCUGGACCCACAGACCAACUCCAGCCAGAUCAAAGAUGAGUUCCAGACCCUUAACAUCGUUACCCCAAGAGUCCGUCCAGAGGACUGCAGCGUGGGUUUGCUACCCCGAAACCACGAUAAGAACCGUAGUAUGGAUGUUCUACCAGCAGACCGAUGCCUCCCUUUCCUCAUAUCUGUGGAUGGAGAGAGCUCCAACUACAUCAAUGCUGCACUGAUGGAUAGCCACAAACAGCCAGCUGCCUUCAUUGUCACCCAGCAUCCUUUGCCAAACACCAUGGGUGACUUCUGGAGGCUUGUGUUCGACUACAACUGCUCCUCCAUCGUAAUGCUGAAUGAGAUGGAUGCAGCGCAGUUAUGUAUGCAGUACUGGCCAGAGAAAAACUCGUGCUGCUACGGUCCAAUUCAAGUGGAGUUCAUAUCAGCAGACAUUGAUGAGGACAUCAUCAACCGAAUCUUCAGGAUCUGCAACAUGGCCAGGCCACAAGAUGGUUACCGCCUGGUGCAGCACUUCCAGUUCAUUGGCUGGCCAGCCUACAGGGACACGCCUCUUUCUAAGCGCUCUAUCCUUCAGUUGGUCAGGAGGUUGGCUAAGUGGCAGGAACAGUAUGACGGAGGAGACGGGAGGACUGUGGUGCACUGCCUCACCGGUGGGGGACGUUCUGGAACGUUUUGUGCCAUCUGCAGCAUCAACGAGAUGAUCCAACAGCAGAACAUCGUGGACGUUUUCCACACUGUCAAAACACUGAGGAACAACAAGACAAACAUGGUGGAGACGAUGGAACAGUACAAGUUCUGCUACGAAGUGGCUCUGGAGGCGCUCAACUCCUUCUGAUUGGACCGCGGGGCGAACCUCUCCGCGGUCGUUCUUAACCACACCGGGACACAUAAAGAGCAAAACUGCUUUGCUUUGACCUGAUCCUACCUGUGACUGUGUGAGAGUGUCAAACCUAUACGUGUGCCUGCGACAACACACACACACACA